AUCAAACAAACAACUACAAAACAAAAACAAGAACCAUCUCUUGCUCAAAAGUCUAAAUACAAAACACAAAUUCAGCUACAAUGUCAAUCUCAAGAGUUUGUCUCUGCUUAAUCUUUCUCACAAUCGUCGCUUCCCCACUUGUGCUCUGCUCUCGCAGCCCGAAACUCGCAGCACCAUCAGCUGUCAUAGGGAAGAAGCUUGGGAAAGGACAUGUUCAUUCUCCCGCAAUGCUUGUUUCUGAAUCACCCAAGUAUGCUCCUUUUCCAAUGGGUACGCCUACGAAUCCUUCCUCCCCCGUAAGUGCAACACCGUCUUCUGGAUCUGCAGCUGCUGAGGAAGAGGAAUCCGAGAAGGUGCCUUCUAUGCCAAGCAAAGGAAACAGAGAUGGAGGCAACGCGUAAUGAAUGAAGACAAGAAACGCUUUCUACUAGAAUCUUAUUGUGUUUUAAUGACUGUUAAAUCUUUCUCUAGUUUUACAUAUUGUAUCAAAUAAAAUGUACCAUGUAUUAUAAAUGCUAUGUGACAUU